UGCAGCCCACUCAGCGAGCGGGGAAGCCCGCCCGAGUCCAACCUCAUCCCCCUCACACUCCCCUCUCCCUCUCCCCCACCCUCGCCUCCAAUGGCGCCCAUGGCCACCAUCUCCGCGCCGCUCGCCGCCCGCUCCGCUCCCUUCGGGCUCCUCUCGCACCGGCAGAAUGGAGCCAGAGCACGCCUUGCUCUCCGAGGACUGCAAUUUGCAUCACGUGGUGUUGCUUCACAGCAGGACAAGAGGAAACGUUGCCAUUCUUCUCUCAGGCUAAACACAAUUGUGGCAUCUGAGAAUGAAAAUCCACCUUUAAUGCCGGCAAUCAUGACUCCUGCUGGCCCUCUUGAUCUCGCUACUGUACUACUGGGAAAUCGUGUAAUAUUCAUUGGCCAAUAUAUUAACUCCCAGGUGGCACAACGUGUGAUAUCACAGCUUGUCACACUUGCUGCUGUUGAUGAAGAGGCUGAUAUUCUGAUCUAUCUGAACUGCCCUGGUGGAAGUCUCUACUCCAUCUUAGCUAUUUACGACUGCAUGUCCUGGAUAAAACCCAAAGUCGGGACAGUGGCUUUUGGUGUUGUUGCUAGUCAAGCAGCAAUCAUUCUUGCUGGUGGUGAGAAGGGAAUGCGCUAUGCAAUGCCAAAUACUAGAGUAAUGAUUCAUCAACCUCAAGGUGGAUCGGAGGGUAAUGUGGAGGAGGUGAGGCGACAGGUUGGGGAAACCAUUUAUGCUCGUGAUAAAGUUGAUAAAAUGUUUGCUGCCUUCACGGGGCAACCAUUGGACAUGGUACAACAGUGGACAGAGAGGGAUCGCUUCAUGUCUUCUUCAGAGGCCAUGGAUUUCGGACUAGUUGAUGCCUUACUGGAAACAAGAUACUAGCGAAGGUACACAGACCCACAUUCUGUGAGCAGAGACUUGGAGAUACUGCGGAAUUGAAGCUGGAGUUAGAUGUUUGCUGCCCAUCUUGUCUAAUGACUCAGAUUCGCCGUCCACUCUGUUGAUUGGGGCUUUGCCUGUUCUGUAUAAUGUUUUGCGUAGGCCUAGAUGAGAAAACUGGUAUUUUGAUAUAGCCAAGCUUGUAGGCGCAUCCAUCAUGUACACACCACACGGCGAGGCUGAGGUCCGCUGCAUGUGAUGUGUAGCCGCGCCUAUAGGCGCAUCGCAUCUACUGAUCUCCAUAUGAUGUGGCAGCUUUGGAUAUUCGAAUAUGAUAGAAUGGAUUGGGAAUCAACCCUAAUGCAAGUGAUAUUCGAGUAUA